AUGGCAAGUGAGGAGGAGUGUGUUCUUACUUUAGUGCAUUGCUCUGGGAAAAUUAAAAAAAGCAAAAGCCAUGGUGUGAAGUUCACAGACAAAGAACCAUUGAGUGUGUUCAUCAGUUCGUCAAGCACUUUGUCAGAUCUAAAGAACAGCAUCUUGCAGAAGCUUGGCGUCUUUGGUACGAAGUGGGUGAAGAAGCUAUUCUACAAGAUUCCCAUCGCAGUUGUCUCGACGGGUGUUCAGUAUGAUACCUUUGUGCUAGCGGCUGAUGAAGAUAUUAGGGUUCUGUUCCAUUGUGUUAGGAGUUUUCCAGAGAUCCGAAUUCACGAGUUGUUUGCGAAGUUGGAGGUUGGUGUCGAUAGUUCUGAGGCAUCAGCUCCAUUUCAGAGCUCGACUGCCGCGAGAGGUGCGUCUAGUUCGAUGCCUGUGUUGGAGAAUGAAGGAAUAUUUGAGCAGCCUGAUGUCGUUGGCACCGGUGGUGGCCAGUUACCUUAUAUGGAAGGCUUUGGUGAACCUGAUAGAGUAGAGAAUGCAAUGUGUGACGAUGACUCUGACCAGGAGCCUGUCGAUAUCAUCGGGGACAGCGACGACGACACAGGUGCCAAUCCACAUGCGCAACAUGGGCCUUCAAGUUCUGCUUCUCAACAGUACCCUCCACACUUCUCCACACUAAACUUGGAGGUUCUUGGUCAACAGGAGGACGGUGGUAACACGGUCGGGGGCUCUUCUACAGAAUUUCAGAUUGGGCAAUCUUUCCAGAAUAAAGAUGAGGCUGUGCUGAGUGUGAAGGACUAUAGCAUCCGGCGAGGUGUUGAGUACAGAGUCAUCGAAUCAGAUCAUCUGAAGUAUCAUGGAAAAUGCAAGCAAUUCGGCAAGAGUUGUACUUGGUUGAUUCGCGUUGCGCUGCGUGCACGAAAGGGUACUUGGGAGGUUAGGAGGUACAACGGGCCACACACAUGCUUGGCAACCUCUAUUUCCAGUGAUCACCGUCAGCUGGAUUACCACGUUAUCUGUGCGAGGAUUCUUCCGUUGGUUAGGGCAGAUGCUGCAGUUACGGUAAAGGUACUACAAGAAACUACAUAA